UCGAACCUUAGCCUUCACAAGAACAAGAAAAGUCUGUCUUCGAAAAUCUUGUCCAGUAAGAAAAAAACACGCACGCAAAAAAGAUCAAUGGCAAUCAGGUUUCCUCGCGUUCUGCAAUCAUCAAAGCAGGUUCUGAGGCAAGCGAAAGCGUUCUCAGCAUCGAACUCCGUCGAUGUUCCGAAGGGAUGCUUUGCUGUUUACGUUGGAGAAAGACAGAGGAAGAGAUUCGUCGUUCCGUUAUCGUUCUUGAGACAACCUUCGUUUCAAGAUCUGUUGAGGAAAGCCGAGGAAGAGUUUGGAUUUGAUCAUUCAAUGGGUGGCCUCACCAUUCCAUGCAGCGAAGAGAUCUUCGUGGAUCUCGCCUCUCGCCUCAACUUCUGAUAGCUUCUUUUCUUUCUUUCUUUUUCUACUUUUUUUCUAAUCAUUUUUUUCCUUCGAGAAAGAAUCUUUUCCCGACAGAGAGUUCUACCCUUUUGGUGAUUGACUGUAACAGUUUUUCGCUCACGUUUCAGUGAGUUUUGGGAUCCAAGAUCCUAACUUGUUGAUGUUUUUUUGUUGUUGUAAUCAACUCUGAACAUAUAUAUAAUCAAAACUCUUGAAUUCUUUCA